AUGGGCCGACCACAGGGCACACUAAGCGCAGGCGCGAAACGCACGAGAGGAGAUGACACUGCAGUCCCCAUGACUGCAGGUUGUCUCCCCAUCUCGCAGAUCAACUUGCAGCACUGCAAAGCGGCCACGGACCUCCUCCGUUGGCGACUUGCGGCGCAGCACACAGAUACACAGAAAUACACGGAUAUAGCCCUGAUACAAGAACCCUGGUUAAUCCAAGGGCAAGUAGGGGGGCUAGAUCUGAAACAAGGCUCCAUCUUCCAUGGAGACCUGGAGACUGGACCCAGGGCAUGCGUGUACGCGAAAAGAGGGCUCGGGGCAACGAAACUGGCAGAAUUCUGCACAAGAGACCAAGCAGCAGUCCUACUUCCAGCGGGGGUGGGAGGUAGCAGGGCGAACCUGGUGGUUUGCUCGACCUACCAGCCCUAUGACUCUGAGGGGCCCCCGCCAACGAGGGAACUCAGAGAGCUGGCGGACUACUGCAAGGUCAAGGGGCUGCAACUAGUGAUUGGAGGCUCUAGUCCAGCGUUUGUCACCUCCCGGCGACGGGAGGUGCUUGAUAUCACGCUGGGCUCCGCAAAUGCGGCCCAAGCCAUACAAGAUUGGCGUGUGGAAGACGAGGCUACACUAUCUGACCACAGGCUAAUCACUUUCAAGUUAAAGACGAAUGCAGACCUAAGGGCCUCGGAAUCAUACAGGAACCCCAGAGCCACCUGCUGGCCUCAAUACCGUGAGAGCCUAGAGGGAGAGCUCAGGGGGCACUGCGUGAUACCGAUGACCACGAAGGGGAUCGAGAUGGAGGUCGCAAGACUGCAGACCUCGAUCAUCGGCUCCUACGAAAGAUCAUGCUCGUUAAAACAAAGAAGAGAAAGCAAAAGGGUUCCCUGGUGGAACAAUGAACUGAAUAAGCUCAGAGCCAGGGCACGGAAGCUUCUGAACAAGGCGAUGAAGGCAAAUACCGCAGAAGCCUGGGACGCGUAUAAAGAGGCCCAGAAGGCCUACAAAAAAACGAUCAGAGUAUCUAAAAGAAGGACCUGGAAAAACUUCUGCCAAGAAACCGAGGCCCUACCGCUGGUAGCUAGGCUUCGGAAGGUAUUUGUGUCCGGGCCUCCACAAAAACCGGAAGGUCUAAAACUUCCAAAUGGAGGAGUCACAGGUGACUCCCUGCAGACGUUGAGGCACCUUAUGGAGACGCACUUCCCAGGCUCGGAACUAAUACCGGAGGAACUGUUCCAGAAGGAACAGGCACCUCUCAGGAACAGCGCACGGGACUGGGAACUGGCCUCAAAGGUGGUAACGAUAGACAGAUUAAGAUGGGCUAUAAACUCAUUUAGUAGGUACAAAAGCCCGGGUGUAGACGGGAUCUUCCCGGCUCUUCUUUAG